GUUUUAAAUUAUUAGCUCGACGUAUUUCAAAUCCAAAAUUAAAAAAAAAAAAAACUAUAAAUUUUUUCUUCCCAAACCAACCCUCAAGCUCAGCGACAGAGACGGAAACUCGGAUCAUCAAAUUUAGAAUUUCUUUAUCACAUAAUCAGAUUCUUGAUUAUCCAAAACCCUAAUCUUCAAAUCAGUUAUAUAAAAUGGAGGAAAUAUUAGCUUUUGUUCUUUCAAUGCUUCUCGUUCUGGCAUUAAUUCCAUUAUAUCUAUGGAAACACCGUCAAGAUAAUCGAGUAACCGAUGAACAUGUUGAGCAACAACAGGCUCCAAGAAGGGAAAAUGUAGUCCGAGGUGGGGCCACUGGUAGUCGUAGUAGGAUGCGGAGGAGACCAGCUGCUGUUGGAGGAGCUAGCACAUCAUCGGCUGCAACUGCAGAAGAAACUGCUGAUGGAAGUGAUGAAGAAGAUGAGGCAGAUGGGUAUUACGAGGCUAAAACAUCAAAGAAAAAGGAAAAGAAACAGCAAGAAAGGGAAGCACAAAGAAGGGCUGAAGAGACUGCUCGUGAGUCAAGGCAGACUAAACUGGACCGAUAUGCUGAAAUGCGGAGGAGGAAGGAUGAGGAGCAUGAAGCAGAGGAACGUAGGCUGGAAGAAGAAGCUGAAGCUCGAAAGGCCAAGGAGGAAGAAGCUGCUGCACUGGAGUUUGAAAAGUGGAAAGGGGAGUUUUCUGUUGAUGCUGAAGGAACCACUGAGAAUGAAGUGCAAGAUGGAAGUCAGGACUUGCUUUCUAACUUUGUGGAAUACAUUAAGAAUCAUAAAUGUAUUCCUUUGGAAGAUCUUGCUGCAGAAUUCAAGUUGAGAACACAGGAAUGUAUCAAUAGGAUAACCUCCCUUGAAAGUAUGGGGCGACUUUCUGGUGUCAUGGAUGAUAGAGGGAAAUAUAUAUACAUAUCACUAGAGGAGAUGCAGGCGGUCGCUGAUUAUAUUAAGCGUCAGGGAAGGGUUAGCAUUUCGCAUUUAGCCAGCAAGUCCAAUCAGUUCAUUGAUUUGGAGCCAAAAGUUCAGUCUGUGGAGGAGAUCAGCAUAGCAAACGAAAUCACUGAAGCUUGAUUCAAUUGUCUACCCCUUCCCCCUUCUCACUAGUAAGUAGAGUACAAAUUUAAUGCGGUAAAAUAUAGCAAUUGCUUUAUGAAAAUGGCCAGAUUGAGCUUUGUUUAUGCAUUUUUACAUGUUUAAAGCAGUCUUGUUGUGUUUAAUUUUUUUUCUUAAAAACUCCGGUAGAUCUGAUAUUUUGGAGCUACGUACACGUCUGAACCCCCUGCGUACCUACGUCGUAUUUACGUCCUACACUUAGAUGCUUUCGAUAGAUCAGACUAUACAUUGAACUUGGUUGGAUACGGUAAAGAAGGAAAAAAAAAAAAAAAA